ACAAAUUCGUGUUUGUCUUAUAAUUGGCGAAUUUUGCUUGCUCAUUCAGUAAGUAGCCGCUGAUUGUGAUGGAGUGUAAACCCAAGUACUGCAUCAUCGGAGCCGGAGCAGGAGGACUGGCAUGUGCAAGACAUGCUCUGGACGCUUCAGUAGAGGUCACGGUAUUCGAGCAAACCGAUAGGAUCGGAGGCACUUGGGUUUACACGGACUCCACUGGCCGGGAUCAGAAUGGAGUUCCAAUCCAUACCAGCAUGUACGAAGGCCUACGAACCAAUCUACCUCGGCAGAUCAUGGGGUUCCCGGAUUGGCCAAUCGAAUCGAACGUGUCGUACGUCAAACAGGAGGAAGUUCUCCGGUGGUUGCAGGAUUACGUGGAGGAAUUCAAACUGCGGAAGCUCAUCAGGUUCGAACACCAAGUGAUAAGGGUGUCACCGACCUACAACGAUGGCAGCAAGUGGGAAGUGAUUGUAAAAGAUUUGCGAAACGAGCGAUACGAUACGUUUGUGUUCGACUAUGUGAUGGUUUGCAAUGGUCACUACUCGUAUCCGAUGGUUCCGGAAAUUGUCGGCAGGGGCAGUUUCCAAGGUUUGCAAAUCCACAGCCACGAUUACCGUAAGGCUGAUCAGUUCCAAGGACAAGAUCUACUCCUGGUCGGUGCAGGUUACAGCGCGUCAGAUAUUGCCAUUGCGACUGUUAAAGUGGCAAAGAGUGUAACCAUCAGUCAUCAUAACCCAGAUAAGGUUGAUUUCGAUAUUGAGGGUACCAUCUCCGUUAAGCCUGGUAUUUCAAAACUGACACCAACAGGGGCUAUAUUCGUUGACGGAACAGAGAAAAACUUCUCGACGAUUAUCUACUGCACAGGGUAUAAGUACACUUUUCCAUUUUUGAGUGCCGAUUGUGGGAUACGUUUGGAGGAUAAUCAUGUGCAGCCACUGUACAAACAUGUAAUCAACAUCAAUCACCCAACAAUGGCCUUGAUUGGCGUACCCUUCUAUUGCAUCCCAACUCAGAUGAUGGAUCUACAGGCCCGGUUUUGUAUGAAGUACUUUACAGGUGAAUUGAAGCUUCCACCCAGAGAUGAAAUGCUGCGGGAUAUGGAAGCCGAUAUAGAGUAUCGAAGGCGCCGAGGUUUACCCAAAAAAUGGAUGCAUAAAUUGUCAGGGGAUUUUCAGACAAAAUAUUAUGAAGAUUUGGCUAAGACUGCUGAGUUACAACCGAUCCGACCAGUAAUUAUGGCGCUAUUUGAAGAGAGUAUGCGUCGAAGAUUGGCAAGUGUUCAGAAUUACCGAGAAGAUGACUUUGAGGUGAUAAACGAUAAUGAGUUUCGCGUUUUGUGAUAAUAUAAUCUAAAGACAA